CACACCACACAUCCCCGUCACCAUCAGUUGGGGAGGAAUGUCCACCCCGAGAAGCAACAGUCCCCUCACGCUCAGCAACAGCAUGGAUUCUGUGCACACCUGCUCCGAAGAAGAGGUGCGAACCCUUUUUGUGAGCGGGUUACCCAUGGACGCAAAACCCCGAGAGCUUUACCUUCUCUUCCGAGCAUAUAAGGGGUACGAAGGAUCUUUAUUAAAAGUAACAAGCAAAAAUGGAAAAACCUCUUCCCCGGUGGGAUUCGUCACCUUCACAACAAGGGCAGGAGCCGAAGCGGCGAAGCUCGAUUUACAGCAGGGCGUGCGCUUUGAUCCUGACUUGCCACAAACGAUCCGACUGGAGUUCGCCAAGAGCAACACGAAAGUAAGCAAGCCGAAGCAACCUCCGCAGCCAGGACUCCUGCAUCCCAUCAGCAGACAAGAAAUGAGCUCCUUGCUGCCAACAAUUUCAGACGGCUGGUCGCACCAUCCCCUCUCAUACACGGAAAUCCCUGUGUCUACAGCCCUCCAUUCUACUGCCCUCGUGCACCCAGCACUCCACGCCCAGAUGCCCCCACCCCUCACUGUUCCUCAUUCCAUUCCGCACGCUGCCAUGCACUACCCGCCCCAUGUCGUUGACAACCAUGCCACCAACGCACAGACGCCUCCACCACAAACUCAGCCUCAAUGCUCAACCCUUUUCGUCACCAACCUCGGCCACUUCGUCCAAGAUCAGGAACUUAAAGAGAUAUAUGGAAGUUUUCCUGGUUUUUGCCGACUACGAAUGCAUAACAAAGCUCCUGGUUCUCUUUCAUUCGCAGAAUACAAGUUUCUGGAGUGAAAGCAGUAGCGAAGAUUUUCCUGACAAGACAUCUAUCUCUAUACCUACUGACUUGAGUCUCCCGUCCUUCCUGUUGCCUUGACGACCCUUCUUUCGUUUACGUCGUUGCCUCCAGUGUCGCAGCUCAAGAGAAAUGCUUCGACUUGAUUGUCAGUGAGAAGGAACGAAGAAUCAUUGAAACACUGGAGAAAAAAUCUUUAAGCUGGAUUCAAAUCACCGGCGAAAGCGACAAAAUACGUUGUAGCCGCCCUGUUGUGCAAUAGACUGAUGCUUUGGUUUUCAUGCCAAGAGCGAAGACAUUCCUGUUCUAUUUCAUGAGUGCGUCAUGCAAAAGAUACUACCACGGGGAAGUAAAUUUGCUUCCUGAACAUACGAUUGGUAACCUGCAGAUGUUUUUAAAAGUUUAAAUACAGUAAAACCUGUGAAGUUGACCACCCUUGUAAGUUGAGGACCUGUCUAAGUUGACCGCUUUUUAAAGGCACGGAAUUAGCCCUAUAUCAUAUAAAUCAACCUCCGUAAGUUGACCACCUAUUUAAGCUUGACCACUAAAGUAGUGCACCGCAAGUGGUCAACUUACUCAGGUUUCACUGUACAAGGAAAAAUGGGUUUCGAAAUUUUUCAAUUGCUCAUAUCGUCGCCUCAGAGCAACAGAAAGACAUCUAGUCCCAGAAAUAACACUAAGGUAUCUUACUGUUGCUCUGAGGCGACGAUAUGCUCGGCAACUGCAACAAAUAUCCCAUUCAUCUAAAACCUUGAGCAAAGGGGCAGAAGGGCAGCGUUCCAGUAUGUGGGGAAGAAGGGCAGCGAUUGAAAUUUCGUCGCCGAUGUGAAGACAGUGUUACUUGUGUACCCCAUGUUCAUCUUGGACCAAAACUUAUUAAGCAGUGUUAUUUCCUUAUAAGGCUAACUAUUAUGUAUUUAAGUAGAGCGGAGGCUGUUUCUGGUGAUUUCUCUCGAAGGUGUCGGCCAAUCUUUUAAAUCGAGCUUUUAGGGACCAACGUCAGUUUUCCCCUACUUUUAUCCAAACCAACUGUUUACUUAGUUAUUACGAAUUAAGCAGCUCAAAAAAUUAUUCCAUAUCAAAAAGUUGUUGAUAGAUGAAAUUUAAUUUUAUUAUUCUCAGUUUUUUGCAUUUUCCACGCGAGUUCAUCGUGCGUCAAAUCAUUGCAACAUCAGUUCAGUUUAAAUUCGUCUCGCAUCGUGUCUUCAUAUCAUUAUCAUAAAGGUUAAUCGCAAUCUUUUCAAUAACUAUACCUUUUUAAAUAACCAUAGUUUAAAAAUAUUCAUUUAAAAAAAGUUACAGUUUAUUAAUUUUUGAAGAAAAUAUUUAAAAAUCAUUUUUCUUCAGUUAUACUUUUAAAGAUUUUGUUCAUGACUUAACAGGCAUAUUUACAUAUUUUAAUCAAUAUUCAGCUUGAACUCGCUUUAAUUACAUAUAAUUUUUUUAAGACAGAAAGGUGUUCUAGUUAUGAAAUAUGAAACAUUAUAGAAGGCCAGGGCAAAAUGAUCCCUCCGAAAUGUAUUUACAUUUAUUUUGCGAUUAAAAAAAAAUCAGGUGAAAGGCAGCUAUGUGAUUGUUUUGAAGGUCGUUUUAGCUGCUUUUAAGAAUUUUUUUUAAAUAAUUAAAAAUAACAACAGUAAAUGAAUUCAUUCAUUCGUGCCAUUAAAAGUAUCAUUUUGCCCUAGGUCCAUGAGCCCUUUGUAGGUAUGUGUGGAA